GAGAGAGAGAGAGAGAGAGAGAGAGAGAGCUCCUGCAGUGCUGCAUUCCUGUCCGGGACGGUGAAUGUCCAGCACCGAGCUGAAACGAUGAGCAGGACAGAUCACACUCCUCCUGUGAGACAAUGCGUCUUCCUCUUCUUUUUCCUCUUCUUCUCAUGCACAGGAGGAAAGCGUGUCUUUAAAUGUCCUUCAGGAUGCACCUGCACCACAGAGACCAUCAUCUGCGUGGGAUCAUCCUUCAUUCCCCGGACAGUCCCUGCAGAAUUCAGCUCUCUGAGUGUUGUUAAUGGAACGUUCCCAGAAAUCGGAGAAGCUACGUUUGCCCUGAUGCCGUCGCUGCACUUGCUGCUCCUCAAUUCCAACUCUAUCUCCUGUAUAAAGGACGACGCCUUCUCAGGCCUUCCUCGCCUCGAGUACCUAUUCAUCGAGGGCAACAAGAUCGAGGAGAUCAGCAAACAUGCCUUCAGAGGACUCCGGGAUAUCACACAUCUCUCUUUAGCAAACAACAAACUGAAAAGUUUACCCAAAGGCCUGUUCUCUGACCUGCACUCUCUCAUCGAGCUAGAUUUGCGAGGAAACCAGUUUCAGUGCGACUGCCAGUCCAUAUGGCUGAUGUUGUGGCUGAAGAAGACGAAUGCAACGGUUUCGGAGGUGUACUGUGCCGAACCGGAGGAGAUGAAGGCCGUCCUGCUGAAGGACUUCCCUGAGAAACAUGCCAAGUGUGCCUCCACUGAUUUCAUUCCUCAUCAGACCAUAAAUACUCAGUCCAUGUCAGCGGACAUUUUCUCCUAUAAAGAGGAUGUGUACGUUGCUCUGGCGGUGCCGAACUCGGACAGUUGUCUCAUCAUGGAGUGGGAUCACAUCGAAACCAACUUCAGGCCUUUCGAUAAUAUCACAGGACGGUCCGUGAUUGGCUGCAGAUCAGUGCUUAUUAACGAGCAGGCGUUCGUUAUCGUCGCUCAGCUCUUCGACAUUUCUCGCGUCUACAGAUUUGACCAGGAGCAGAACCAGUUCACCAAAUUCCAGACCGUGGAAAUGAUCAAUGUAUCCAAGCCAAACGACAUUGAGGUGUUUCAACUCGGGGACCAGUGGUUCUUCCUGAUCGUGGACAGCUCCAAAGCGGGAAUGUCCACCCUUUUCAAGUGGAACAACACCGGCUUCUUCCCGUAUCAGUUCCUCCACGAGUGGUUCCGCGACACGGAUGCAGAAUUCCUCGACCUGGACGGGAAACCCGUGCUCAUCCUGACCAGCCGUUCCCAAGUCCCUGUCAUCUACCAGUGGAACAAGAGCACCCAGACGUUUGUUCUCUUCGAGGACAUUCCCAACAUGGACGACAUGAUUAGCGUUAAGGCCUUCAGGAUUGACCGCAUCCUCUAUUUGGCUCUGACCUGCUACAUUGGAGACUCGAAGGUCCUUAAGUGGACCGGGAAGCGCUUUGAGGACGUUCAGGGAUUCCCAUCGCGUGGUGCAAUGGUCCUCCAGCCGUUCAGCUUCAAAGAUCAGCAAUAUCUGAUCCUCAGCAGCGAUUACUCCUUCUCUCAGAUCUUCAGAUGGGACAAGGAGAAGCAGAUCUUCAUCAAAUUCAGAGAGGUGUAUGUUCAGUGGCCUCGUUCUUUCACCCCGUUAUCGAUGGGUCAGCGAGAUUUUCUUCUCGCCACAAGUUUUAAGGGGAAGACCAAGGUUUUUGAGCACGUCUCAGUCGAUUACAGCUGAUCAGUACACUGAUUACUGCACUGUGGUUUCAUGUAGAGCUGGGCGAUAAUCACAUUUCACUGAUACCAACAUUUCAUUAGCUUUACUGACCUUAUUUUUUUUUUAUCAAGUUUUUAACAUUUAAUUUUCUAUCAAUCAGGGCUCUCAGCCAAUCAGGGCAAGCCUUUGGGGCAGAAAUAAUUGUGAUUGGACGUGACCUCUAUUAAAUAAUUACGAUACACUGUGAGUCUCACAAUAAAACAACCGGCGUCCGACUGAAACCUUCUGUUGCUGUUUAAAGGAUCAUUUGCAUCAGUUUGUAUGUAAUGAACCUUAUUUUUGUGUAAAAAGAAUUGGAUAAUUAACAUGCUUAGAUUAUUACAGUCGUCUGGGUAACAAUACAAUACGUGAACUAACGUAAGGUUUUGGAAAAUCUGAACAUUAUCUUCGGUUUGUGCACGGCCACAAUAUUUUCUAACGAAUGCAUAAUUUUAUUUCUAUACAGCUGCUGCACUGAGAUUCCAGACUCGUGGCCAUAAAUCUUUUAACGUGAGCCCAUUUUAUACUUUAUGACUUUACUGUGUUUGCUGUAAACAAAGUGCAGUAUACCAAUUCAUAUCCAUUAAAACAUUCACAAUACAGCGCCCCCUAUCUGCGUUUGGGUGUCGAAACCUCAAAUCAAAUGUGGAAGGUACGAGGUGGUAUUAAAAUAUUUUGAGACUAGAUUAAAUUCUCGAUUCUCAAAAUAACAAUUCUUGAGUCUCAAUUCUCGAAUUCUCAGGAUUAAUUCUCGAUACCGCAAAUGUGGAAAAAGACGAUAAACAUGCACUCGGUCCAGCUGUAGACCUGCCUUGCCCUUUUCCGGUCGUGGAGAUGAUGAGCUCUUCCACUAGGAAGACUGUUGCUUUCGUCACUAGUAAUGAUCCUCAACAUUAAGGACGGCUCAUCCACAGCACACUGACAGAGUUCUCCGCAGACUUUGGUCUGGUACUCCUUCUGCUCCUGGGUCAGCAGCCUGGAGACGAACUCGGCAGCAAUGUUGUGGGUUGUUCUCCGACGAUCAUCUUCCACAAGUUACCAAACGGUUUUGACAUUUUCAUGGGUUGAGCUCGUUGAAGGUUUUUCUGAUCUCACGUAGUCUUCUGCCAAAUUGUUUUGAAUGCCUCUGUGGCAGAUUUGUCCAGUUUCAAGCAGAAUUUUAUGUUUGCUCUUUGUUCUAAUUUGCUGUCUGCAGACGUGGUAACGCACGUGGUCAGAACAUCCCCAGUCGCACGGCUCCCGAUGUACAAAGGACGAUGUCUUUGGGCACAUUGACUUAUGAAGGUCGGUGCUCCUUGUGACUGCGCGUGCGGCCUCGUGCUGCCACCUGUUGGCGUGUUACAAAACUAGUCUCAAAAAUGUUAUACCACCCUGUAUACAUGCAAAAUUGUCAUCUAGUAAAAAGUUUAUAUAAUGUAUAUUGCAAAUGUCAACUAAAUAUUUUGGGCGAUUUUUGUUGGUUGAUGGGGUCCGGUCCUGUGAUGACUAGCUGAACCUAUUGCCAUGCGUAACCUGUGCUCGCUAAUGGUAUAUCUAUGUAGCAUUAACCCAAAGUUUUACAUUUCUCACUCAUUUUACUACAAAGAUAUUGCCAUGUGAUACAUAUUUCAUGGCUUCAAGACAGAAAAUUGUAUUAUAUUAUCUCAUACCCACAUUUAUAUAAUUAAAAUAUAAAACAAACCUUUCCUUCCAUGUAACCUCCUCAGAACAUCACCAAACAUCCACACUUGAACAGCACCUUCUUUGUUUCGUUGGGUUUAGUAUUUUUUCUGUCUGCAUCAGCAAGAUCAUUUCGUGUCCUAUCACCCAGCUCUUACAGUAAUACAACGUGAAUUGAUUUUCUCCUGAUGAAGAUUUAUGCAAAAUGUCUUGGCCAGUGCGAUAUAUUAUAUCAGCAAAAAUAAUAAUAAUAAUAAUAUCGUCUCUGUAUGACCUGGAAGAGGCGUAAACAUGGUGCAUGUCUGUGUUUCCCAAUAUGCAAUGGUUUUACACAACAAAGCAUUUCGAGUGAUCCGGAUUCCCAGAUCUACAGCGUGUUCAAUAUGUAAUCCUACGCCUGUCCGUAUACUUUCUGGGAAUCUGCUUUUCUUCUCCCGGGUGCAUCGUGUGUGUUUUUUCCGUCUAACGGACUGUUACUUGCUGAGAGGAGCAAUAAUUUUAACGCUAAUUUAACGCUAUGCAAGUAGAUGUAGAGACGCUGACCAAAGAUAGACGAAGGUGGAGCGCUCGCGAUACCUCCUGUAGAGAAUGAAAUGCCUUAUUUAUUGAUGCUGCAUCUCCUUUUUUGGCUUCUGUAUAAAGGAAAAGUGCUUCGGUUGCUUCACAGCAGCCGCGUGUAUUAACAGCGUGUAAGGCAAUAAACAAUGUUGUGUAUCUUU